AGGUGAGAGGGGGAAGCCAAUGAAGGAGGAGGAGGAAUAGGAGGUGCAACUUGAGUGAGAGAGAGAAUGCGGGACUCUUGGAAAAAGACGCAUCUUCACUCGGUCCAUUACCGACAUCCCGAGCAACGCUUAAACUGGCUAGAAUUGACUCGUAAUUGAUGCCCGUGCCGGGAUCACCAUCGCUUCAACUUGACAGGAGAGGCGCUAAAUCGACAACAUUUGCUUUGUUACUUUUUAACCGUUAGGUUAAGUGGCUACUACAGAACGAGUGUCCCUUUCCAAGUUGCGUUCAGGAAUCCGAUGGCUUGGCACGUUGCUCCGCCACUGCGGGGAAAGAAAGCAAAGGCAUCUGUCGGCUCUUAAGAACGUUGGCUCUUUGAAUCAAUAUAUCACGUGGUUUGAAGAGGACACAACCAGGAUUGAACUGCAUUAUAAGUUGAAAAGACAGGAGGAGAAAGAAGGAAUUAAUAACAUAUCAGCUCUUGGUAGCAAAGACUGUCAGUCAGAAGGGAGAAAUAAUAAAUCAAACACCCACGCUUGUGGGCUACUCGCAAGAAACAAGCAGCAGCCCAGCCGGUGAUUCAAGGGGCAAAACAGUGUGGAGAAAGGCAAGUAGAGCAGGACGGAGCUAUGCAUGGACUUGGUGCAGUGCACUCUUCGGCGCAGGCUAUCAGCCUCGUGGUCUUAUUGCUGCUGCAGCUGCUGACUCAGCUGCCAGGUGCACACUCAGCUCUCCGGUACCGGGUAGCUGAGGAAGGCCCCCCUGAUGUCAAGAUAGGCAAUGUGGCCGCAGACCUGGGCCUCACAGCUGGCACGGGCAGCGGGGACGUCACCUUUGCCCUGGAGAGUGGCUCCGAGUUCUUCAAAAUCGACAAUGUCACCGGUGAGCUAACGACAGGGCCAAGGCGCAUCGACAGGGAGAAGAUGACCCAAUGCCAGAUGAUUUUUGAUGAAAAUGAGUGUUUCUUGGACUUUGAAGUGUCAGUGAUUGGCCCCCUGCAAAGCUGGGUGGACUUGUUCGAAGGCCGUGUAGUCAUAACCGACAUCAAUGACAACACUCCUUCCUUCCCCUCACCGGUGCUCCAGCUCUCAGUGGAGGAAAAUCGUCCUAUAGGCACGCUUUACCUGCUUCCCACUGCUACGGACAGAGAUUUUGGACGAAACGGUAUAGACCGCUAUGAGCUCAUCCAAGAAGGUGCAACUGGGUCCAGUUCGGCAAGACGCACGACAGGAGGAAAUCCCAUCGGUAGAGUAGAUGGCCUUGGAGAUAGGAGGGGUAGGAGUGGAGAUAAUGUGGGAGGAGCCAGGAGUACUGUGUUUGAACUUCAAGUGGCAGAUAUACCAGAUGGUGAAAAACAACCUCAACUGAUCGUCAAAGGUACAUUAGACCGCGAGCAAAAAGACUCUUACGAACUGAUCCUGCGGGUUCGAGAUGGAGGAAACCCACCACGAUCAUCUCAAGCUCUGCUGCGGGUGUCCAUAACAGACGUAAACGACAAUAGUCCACUGUUCGAAAGGCCAACAUAUGAGGCGGAAAUGGCAGAAAAUGCACCACCAGGAACACCAGUCCUGCAGGUGAGAGCUUCAGACCGUGACAUUGGUGUGAACGGACAGGUGGAGUAUGUCUUUGGAGCAGCUACAGAAUCGGUCAGGCGGCUGCUUCGACUGGACGAGGCAACUGGAUGGCUGAGCGUUCUCCACAGGAUCGACAGAGAAGAGGUGGCCCAACUGAGGUUUACAGUCACAGCGCGAGACAGGGGUCAGCCACCACGCACUGAUCGUACCACAGUCAUUUUGGCUGUACGUGACGAAAAUGACAACGUCCCAGUUGUAGAGAUUCGAAAGAUCGGGCGAAUCCCAGUGCGAGAUGGAACAGCAUUGGUACCUGAGAACGUUCUGGUAGACACACCAGUCGCUCUGGUUCAGGUCUCAGACCGAGACCAAGGAGAAAACGGAGCUGUGACCUGCACUGUUGUAGGAGAUGUCCCCUUCACUUUGAAGCCUGCUGGUGAAACAGCUCUCCCACCCUUACCUGCAGAUGAAGCCUUUGACAGGAACAAGAAAAAAUUCUUCCUGCAUACCUCAGCUUUGCUGGACUACGAGGUCACCAAAGAAUACAGCGUCACCAUUGUGGCAGUAGAUUCUGGAAGCCCUAGUCUUUCCAGCAACAGUUCACUGAUGGUGCGAGUUGUUGAUUACAAUGACCAUCCCCCUGUCUUUGCCCAAAGUGUCGUGGAGGUCCACUUUGCAGAAAACAACUCCCCCAAUGAGAGGGUCGUCACUGUGGUGGCUGCAGACGCAGACAGUGGCAAGAAUGCCGAGAUUGCAUAUUCACUGGAUCCUGUUGCAAAUGGGCCAUUUUAUAUAGAUCCUGAUAAUGGGGACAUUCGUGCUACUGUUGUCCUGGACCGAGAGCAGCGAGAGAGGUAUGAACUCAAAGUUAUUGCCAAGGACAAGGGUACCCCCUCUCUACAAGGUUCAGCGACUGUUGUUAUUCAGGUGACUGACCGCAAUGACAAUGCGCCAAAGUUUGUCCAGGAAGUUUUUACUUUCUAUGUGAAAGAAAACCUGCUCGCCAACAGCCCAGUUGGCAUGGUGACUGUGACUGAUGCUGAUGAAGGUGAGAAUGCAGAACUCAGCCUCUUUGUUGAAAUGGAUGGACAAGAUGAGAAGAAGUCAGGGGAGAAAAGUGUGGGAGACAAUGGAGAGAAGGAGCAAGAGGAGCUGUUCUCCAUUGAGAACAACACAGGCACCAUCUUCUCCUCUUUGUCGUUUGACCGUGAAAAGCUUUCCACCUACACCUUUCGAGUACGUGCUGUGGACGGAGGAGAGCCUCGCAAAACCGCCACGGCCACCGUGUCACUCUUUGUCACUGAUGAGAAUGACAAUGCCCCCUCUAUCACAUCCCCAGCCAACGAGUCCUAUACAUUGCUCCCACCUGCAAGUAGUGCCCGCACUAUAGUCAGGACUGUGACAGCCAUAGAUUCAGACACGGGUCCAAAUGCAGACCUUCACUAUGCCUUAGUUGGUGGGAAUCCCUUCAGAUUGUUUGAGAUCGGCCACUCCAAUGGUGUAAUCACACUGGCAGAGCCACUGGAGCGUCGUCAUAAAGGUCUACAUCGCCUGGUGGUCAGGGUCAAUGACAGCGGGACCCCCUCGCUGUGUGCUAUUGCCCUGGUCCACGUCUUCAUCAACGAGAGCUUGGUGAAUGCCUCCCUGGUAGACGCACAGGUCAGCAGAAGCUUACUUGCUCCACUAUCACUGGACAUUGCUGGGGACCCAGACAGUGAUCGUGCAUUAGGUAAACAACGCCUCAGCGUCGCCAUCGGUGUCCUGGCAGGAGCCGCAGCUGUCAUCCUGGUCAUACUCCUCGUAGUCACAGCAAGGCAAUGUGGCGCUCAAGGCAAGAACGGUUAUGAGGCUGGUAAGAAAGAGCCAGAAGAAGAUUUCUUCAGUCCAUCAGGGGCUCAACCGCAGGUUGGCCGUGGCAGCGGAUCAGACCGAGGACGCAAACCUCGGCGAGAUAAGCGCAAUGGUGGUGGCACAGCAGCUGGACCUACCAAGUCAGACAGGUCACUCUACAGUGGUAUUGUCACUGUAAACGGACUUCGUCGCCACGCCAAUGACGAUGAAGAGGAAGAUAUCAGCAGUGCAAGUGAGCGCCUCGCAGCCCGCUACUGCGCUGUUGACGGUGACCCCGGCAGCCCACGGAUGGGUGGUGGCAGACGGCAUCAGUCGAGUCCGGAUUUGGCCAGGCACUACAAGUCCAGCUCACCUCUCCCUGCAGUCAACCUCCAACCACACUCCCCUCCAGCUGAAGGGAAGAAGCAUCAGGCAGUUCAGGAGCUGCCACCUUCCAACACCUUUGUGGGCAGUGGGGUCUGUGUCGGGAGCACCGGCUCAAGCAGCAGCAGCAGUGGAGGCAGUGGAAAUGGAGACGCCAUGUCCCUGGGAUCAGACCAGUGCUCGGAGUAUGGAUGCCAGACUGGGAACAAGUACAACAAACAGGGAACACUUCGCCGAGUGACCUUCUCAGUGGUAAACCAGGCCCAGGAUGCCGGUUGCUAUGACAGUGGCUUGGAGGACUCAGAGACCCCCAGCAGCAAGAGUUCAUCAGGGCCCCGUUUGGGAUCCUUGCCGUUGCCUGAAGAGGGUUAUGAGCGCACCACACCAGAGGGCAGUGUGGGGGAGGAGGAUCAUGUUGAGAAUGAUGCUAGGCAACUGCCAGAUGUGGCUUUGACCGGAAAGUGCACGCGGGAGUGUGAUGAGUUCGGUCACUCGGACACGUGCUGGAUGCCUGUCCGCCCAUCUCCUCGCCAGCGGCAACGCCACGGCAGUGACCCCCCACGGCUCUCCACCUUCGCCCCCGGUGACGACAACAACAAUCUGCGCAGAAAUGACCACGAGAGCGACAGCGAGAGCGCGGGCAGUGCCGGGAGCUCGGAACAGGGGGGGGUCAUGGCGGGAGAAGGUCAGAGGUUACCACUAGUCAACGGCGAUCCUCUGGGCACACUGGGAAGAGCAAAUAAGAAUGUUGGCGACCACAAUCGGAACCUUCUCAACCGUAAGAUGACCUCGGCGUCGUACGACACGUUCAGCAGCGCUGGCUUGGGGAAGCGCCCUCAAGAUGAAGAAGGAGGAGAGGGAGCCCAGAACCCAGCUGAGGUCAUACCAUUAACCCGGACUGGAGGUGACUACAAGACCACGUCCUGCCUCACUUUGUCACGCCGUGAAGUCUACCUGUGACCUUCUACCCAAGCAGCAAUCAUUAGAGUGGCUCGUCGCCACAUCUGAAGGACUUUUUAGUGUGUGAAAAUGUUGGUUGGACAAUGUACAUGCAUUUGAAACCCCUGGAUUCUAGUAUUUAUAGGCACUUAUAAUUCAGCGAGUGACGGAUCAACUAUUUUGGAUGCUCCUGCCAAGAGUACUUUUCUUUCAAAAAGAAACAAAACAAGAAAAACACAAGUGGAAGUUGCCUUCGGGCAAUGAUUCUAUUACGUCCAUGUGGGGGAGGCAGACUACAUCUUUUUUUUUUUUUUUUUUACCUGAACCUGAUGCAUGCCUGACCUUCUGCCACUGAGGCAACUGUGUGAAAAAUAGCGAGCAGGAAAGAGAGCAAAAGACUGAGUAAAUUACAACGCCAUAAAGGCUUCAGUACAAAAUAAAACUUUUAAGACUCAACAGUCAAACAUCCAGUCUCGUCCGGAAUACAUACAAAAAAAAAUACAUUAACUUGGAUAUUUCCAUAUUAGUAAUUCCACAUUUAUUAGUGCCACACUAUAAAUGAAAAAUAAAAGUGUAAAUUUCUAAGGCUUUAUGUAGUAUUCAAAAUAUCAUCAUUCUGUUACAAUUUGAGGGAGCAAAAUGACAGCAGAUAAGUGACAGAAAUUUACAUAAAGAAGUGUAAAUUAUAAUGGUAUGAGAAUAAAGUCAUGAUAUUAGGAUAAUAAAGUUCCAUGAACAAGUUCACCAUUUUAUUAAGAAAAGGGUGAACUUGUCAUUUUAUUUUAUUCAUGGUUUACUUUUUUUGGGUGAAUUCUCACAAGGACAGACAUGCAACAGUCUAAUUAAUAUCCGCUGUCUCGCUGUGGAGGCUUACUUCACAUUAAAGGGAUCACAUUAGCUAGACACUGUAUAUACAAUACAUAGCUAGUAAAUUAAAAAGAAAAAGGCUUCAUGAUUGUACAACUUCAACCAAUAGGGUAAAUUUAGUCAUUUCAGUUUUUUUCUCAGGAACAGACAUUUACACUAUCUCAUUAAACCAUACAUCAGCAUCAAAUUAUGCCUUCUCCGUAUCAUAACAUUAUUCAAAUAAAGAAUCCACAUGUCUCCAUAUUACCUCAUAUUAUCGUAAUAUUUUGACUUUAUUCUUUUCCAGUAUUUUAGUGUGGCCCUAAUACUAUGUUGAUUGAUUGAUUCAUACCAGUUAGACACAACCUAUAGAUAACAUAAUGUACAAAUACAAUAAAAUGACCUUGACGGAUGAUAAUGGACUAUAACUGUACUUGUAAUUCUGACAUUGUAACAUCGAACAAGUGUACAUACACGACAGUUCCAUCAGAAACAUGAUCAUAAUCUGUAUGGUCCUUAAUGCAGGUUAGCCUUUAUUUGUAUUAUUAGACUGAAACAAUGUGAUUUUUUUAAUGAUAUAAUGUAACCACUCAGAACACAGAGCAUCAAUUGUAUCACAGAGUGUUAACAUAUUGCCUUCGCAUCCAGCCUGUAUGUACUGUAUAUAACGUGUUUAUAUGAGAACAAAGCAGCAUUCGACACUCACCGACAUGAACCAUGAACCUGUGCGUGAGCACGCCUAAACAGCUUGCGGGCAUGUGAAGACAAAUACAUGCAAAAGCAUUUAAACACUUUUGAAAAUCACAUGCAUACAUUCAGUGACAUUGCGACAUACAAUGGGCAUUCGCUUUCAUGCAGGAACAAGCACACUUUGAUUGGGAGGAUAUGCACUUAUUAUGCACUGUUUAAGUGCAACACUUUGCCUGAUCCCCUCCAGCCAAUAUUUAAAGAUAAAAUGUAUUCAAAUUACAUUCUGUUCCUUUAAAGGGAAUUCCAUCUACUGUAUGUAACAUUAGACAACGUUCAGAUAAGACAUUCAGCGUAGCGUAAGUAGGACUCAUAGGAAACAGACUUAAAAUAAAAGCUGACUCCGCAUGAAAGAUAAUGCUAAUCAUUUUGCUCUUUGGGGAAAAAAGAAAAGUAAAAAAAAAAAAAAAAAAAAAAAAAACACACACAAGCCUUUUCUGAUAACGUCUUUUUGGAUACAUAUGUAUUAUAAGUGGGUGCUUGAAGAGAAAUGGUGAUCAUUUUGGCAAAGGGUGGUGACGUCUUUAAAUGGAGGGUGCAGAUAACAACCUGCAAUUCACCAGCACCCUUUCAAACCAAAUGGUGCCGAUCCGAGCGCGCCCAUACUCCUGUGCAUGAACUCCCUCAUCCCUCCCACAGAGGAGCGGCUGUGGAUCGAGGCCAGCACAUCUUAAUUCUCAUCAUCAGAGUGUGGAUAAGGGAUAUUAGGGUUAGCGUGUCCCUCUGCUCUUAAUGAGUUCCUUUUCUGGCUCCUCUCCUCCCUUGAUCUACACAUAUCUUAUUAUGGGCGUCUUAAUAUGUGAAUGUAACCGGAAAUUGUCAGGAAGUGUGUCUCCUCUUUGUUCUGGAAACAUGGGCUUUUCUAAGGUUAUUGCAUAGUUAAGCACAGAUUCCAAUGGAGGACACGUCUUGAAAAAAAAGCAGGAAUUGCCAGAUAACAGCAAAGCUGGAAAAAUGCCUGUUCCAGGUACAUAAUGACACUUUGUAUACAUGUAUAUA